AUGAUGGCUAUAGCUGUGGCUGUUGGUGAGGAUAUAGUUUUCUUAGCAACAGAUAUCAAUUUACCUGGAGCGGUAGAUUGGGUCAUGAUGCAGAGCUGUUUUGGUCACCACUUCAUGUUGGUUUUGGAGAAGCAAGAAAAAUAUGAUGGACAUCAACAAUUCUUUGCAAUAGUUCAACUAAUAGGAUCAAGAAAGCAAGCUGAAAACUUUGCCUACAGAUUGGAAUUAAAUGGACUUCGACGAAGACUAACUUGGGAAGCCACCCCACGAUCAAUACACGAAGGUGUUCAGUCAGCCAUCAUGAACUCUGAUUGUCUUGUCUUUGACACAUCCAUUGCCCAGUUGUUUGCAGAUAAUGGUAACCUUGGAAUCAAUGUCACAAUAUCCAUGUGCUGA